AUGAGGGGGCUGUGCGGAAAAGGGGCCCGGACGGGGGUGCUGGCGGCUCUGGUGCUGCUGCUGGCUUCCACCCGCUGGGAAGGUGGGAAGGCGCGUCCUGUGGCCUGGGGACACCUCGGCGCUGGCAGCAGCCAGAGGGCGCGCAACGUGGUGAUGGUGAUGUGCGAUGCCUUUGAUGGAAGGUUGACAUUUUAUCCAGGAAAUCAGACCGUGAGCCUACCUUUUAUAAAUUUCAUGAAAAGAUAUGGCACGGUUUUUCUCAAUGCCUACACCAAUUCUCCAAUAUGCUGUCCUUCUCGUGCAGCUAUGUGGAGUGGCCUCUUCACUCAUUUAACAGAAUCUUGGAAUAACUUCAAAGGUUUAGAUCCAAAUUAUACAACAUGGAUGGACCUGAUGCAAAAGCAUGGCUACCGAACUCAGAAAUAUGGGAAACUAGAUUAUACUUCGGGACAUCACUCAGUGAGUUGCUAUCUUUGGAGAACCAUCUGUCAGCAAAGGAGUAACCGUGUGGAAGCUUGGACAAGGGAUGUUGAUUUCCUGCUCAGACAAGAAGGCAGACCCAUGGUGAAUCUUACUGGCAACAAGACAUUUGUGAGAGUAAUGGAAGAAGAUUGGCAGAAUACUGAUAAAGCAGCAAGUUGGAUAAGGAAAGAAGCCACUAACUUUAGUCAACCAUUUGUUCUUUACUUGGGAUUAAAUUUACCACAUCCAUACCCGUCACCCUCUACAGGGGAAAAUUUUGGGUCCUCUACAUUUCUGACAUCUCCCUAUUGGCUUGAAAAGGUGACGUAUGAAGCCAUUAAAAUUCCAAAAUGGCCUCCUCUUUCAGACAUGCACCCAAUAGAUUAUUAUUCUUCUUACACCAAGAAUUGCACUGGACAGUUUACAAGGAAAGAAAUCAGAGAUAUCAGAGCAUUUUAUUAUGCUAUGUGUGCAGAGACGGAUGCCAUGCUUGGUGAGAUCAUUUCAGCUCUAAGUGAUACAGGACUUCUUAAAAGAACCAUUGUUAUAUUCACAGCAGAUCAUGGAGAACUUGCUAUGGAACAUCAGCAGUUUUAUAAAAUGAGCAUGUAUGAAGCAAGUUCCCAUGUUCCUCUUCUAGUUAUGGGGCCAAGCAUUAAAGCUCAUCAUCACCUAUCAAAUGUGGUAUCUCUUGUAGAUAUUUAUCCAACUAUGCUUGAUAUAGCUAGAAUUCCUAUCCCGCAGAAUCUCAGUGGAUAUUCCUUGAUACCGUUGUUGGCUGAAAUAGCAGAAGAUGAAGUCUCAUCCAGAAGGCUGCACCCCACAUGGGUCCUAAGUGAAUUUCAUGGAUGUAAUGCGAAUUCUUCCACCUAUAUGCUUCGAACUGACAAAUGGAAAUAUAUAGCAUAUUCAGAUGGGCAUUCAGUACCUCCUCAGCUCUUUGAUCUGUCUGCUGAUCCAGAUGAACUGACAAACAUAGCCACAACAUUUCCAGAAGUCUCACAUUCCUUGGACAAAAAGCUUCGCUCCAUAGUAAACUAUCCAAGAAUCUCUGCCUCUGUGCACAAGUACAACAAGAAGCAAUUUAUCAGCUGGAAACUAAGUUUGGGACAGAAUUAUUCCAAUGUUAUAGCUAAUCUCAGAUGGCAUCAGGACUGGUUAAAAGAACCAAGAAAGUAUAAAGAUGCAAUUCACAGGUGGCUCCAAAUGAACACUAAUGAAUAAAGUAACUGCAACAAGGGAUUAUUGACUGCCCUUAUAGUAACAAUUUCUAUUAAAUGAGCACAAUGACCACACUCAGGAAAGGAAUAUAUGCAGUUGUAAUUGCAAUACUAUAUAAUUCAUAACAUCACAAUUUGUUUGCUAAUUUAAGAUAGCAAUCCAUGGAAAUAAAGCUCACGCAAGCUUUUAUAUCCGUGUUAGCAAGUUAAAUAUGUUUGUUUUAUAACUGACCACGAUACCAAACCUAGCUCCCAUCAUGUAAAAUUUCAUAUUUUUAGGUGUUAAUCAGCUUUUAAGGAUACAUGGGAAGGAAAGUACACAUAUAUAUGUAUAAAUUGCUUUGUAUAAAAUAUUGUGUAUUAAGAAAAUACAGAAUGUAUUAGCCAAUUAAUAUUUAAGCAACAAAAUUCAAAUGAGAUUUUGCAUGUGUAAGGACUAAUUAAAAACUGAAUAAAGACCUCAGGAUUCAGACCAGUGGGAUACAGAUUAUAGUGAAAUAUCCUAGCACCCAGAUAGAUUUUAAAAUAAUAAUGAAAAAGAUUCUCCGACCCCACACCCACACCAGAAAGGAUGUAGAGCAUCAAAAAAGGGCAAUAACUAGUUUUGGUCUGAACAAAAAUUCUGAGGCUAUGGUAGGUACCUGAAUAGACAUAUAGGUAGGUGCCUGAAUAGACAACUAACUAACUCACUCUCUCUAAAUAUGUAUAUACAUAUAUGUAUAUAUACACAGGCAUAUAAAAAUUAGAGACCUGUGGUUCUCUUUCCUCUCCUAAUGAACUUUGAUGGACAGUUUUCAACAUCUGUUUCUGGGGCCUGCUAUCCAGAACUCAACAAAAUGCAAACUUUGCAUAUAAAUCACAGAACAAUAAAUAGGCAAAUAUAAAUACCAAUUUUUCUCUAUAUGUGACAGGAAACUACAAAGCAUGAAGACCAAUGUUUGUGAGUAGACCCAUUCAUUAAUCAUCCACUGUAUGCUGUGCACUGAAUAAAAUAGAUCUAGUCUGUCAGGAAAUCUUACAGUCUAAGGUACCAAUUCUCCAUGCAAGUGGACACUUACACCUGUAUGUAUCUGAAUGCAGAAUCCAGGACUAAAAGAUAAGAGGAAGGAGAUGUGCUGCAAUGGGAAUCCCAAAGAAAAGCUUAACUUUGAAAAUGUCAAUAUUUUUAAAUCACUUCUAGUACACCUUGCAGAAAAUAAUCAGUCUUACAAAGAAAUGGAGCGUAGGUAGGAAAAUUGACUGGCAACUCUAACCUACUCUGUUUUUUUAAUGAAAUACAUAAUUACACGAGCAUUUCAAUGUGCAGCUUAUUCUUUAAGCUAAUGUACAUGCUGCUGCUAUAGUAACUAUUCACGAUCACAUUAUGCUUCAUUUUUAAGAGCUCUCGAAUAGGAAUCCAUAAUAAAUAUUGCAACACUAAAAUUAAACUGGCAAAGAUAAACAUUAAAAUACCAUCUGCUUUCUGAGAUUAAACAUUGUACACCUAUUCAGUAACUGAAUCGAGAGACUGAUUUACUAGAUGUUUUAAGUGUGGUAUUUUAAACUAUAGUGUAUCAUGGUUUUACUCCCAUAAUACAUUAAAGCAGAUCUUACACAUAC